AUGAAGAUGAGGCCGAAGGACCUUUGGAAGAGACUUAUGAUCAAGUUCCGUGGGGAAGAAGGGCUGGACUAUGGAGGGGUGGCCAGAGAGUGGCUGUACCUGUUGUCUCACGAGAUGCUGAAUCCAUACUACGGCCUUUUCCAGUAUUCCCGUGACGACAUCUACACACUACAGAUCAACCCAGAUUCUGCGGUCAACCCGGAACAUCUCUCCUAUUUCCAUUUUGUGGGCAGGAUUAUGGGCAUGGCGGUAUUUCAUGGGCACUACAUUGACGGAGGCUUCACGUUACCCUUUUAUAAGCAGCUGCUUGGGAAACCCAUCACGUUGGACGACAUGGAGUCUGUAGACCCCGACCUGCACAACAGCCUGGUCUGGAUUCUAGAGAAUGACAUCACGGCGGUGUUGGAUCACACGUUCUGCGUAGAACACAGCGCCUACGGUGAACUCAUCCAACACGAGCUGAAGCCGAACGGGAAGAGCAUCCCAGUGACUGAAGAAACCAAAAAGGAAUACGUC